AUCUCUGAAGCUGGCAAGGACUCCUUGCCUUCUUGGUUACACUGGAACGCGGAGAGCGGCUCCCUGGAAGGGCUGCCCCUCGACCCCGACAAGGGCGUCCACUACAUCUCGGUGACCACGCUGCAGCCCUUCCCCAACGGGAGCUACGUGCCCCAGAGCGCCAACGUCUUCUCCGUUGAAGUCCACCAAGAAGACCACAACGAGCCUCAGUCAGUGCGAGCGGCCGUCCAGGACGCGGGGGACAAAAAAAACUUGGUGUGCGGCUCGGAGGAGCCGGUCACCAUCCUGACUGUCAUUUUGGAUGCUGACUUAACAAAAAUGACACCAAAGCAGAGGAUUGAACUUUUAAGCAGAAUGAGAAGCUUCUCGGAGGUAGAACUUCAUCACAUGAAGUUGGUUCCUGUUGUAAAUAACAGACUCUUUGACAUGUCGGCCUUCAUGGCCGGACCGGGAAACGCCAAGAAGGUGGUGGAAAACGGGGCCUUACUCUCGUGGAAACUGGGGUGUUCCCUGAGCCAAAACAGCGUCCCCAACAUCAGCAAGGUAGAGGCUCCAGCCAAGGAAGGCACCAUGUCUGCCCGCCUCGGCUACCCCGUCGUCGGCUGGCACAUCGCAAACAAGAAACCUCACCUCCCAAAGAGGAUGCGGCGGCAGAUCAACGCCACCCCCACGCCUCUGACCGCCGUCGGGCCGCCCACCACCGCCGCGCAAGAGCCACCCACCAGGAUCGUCCCCACCCCGACGUCGCCGGCCAUCGCGCCUCCCACGGAGACGACGGCGCCCCCCGUGCGCGAGCCCAUUCCCCUGCCGAGGAAGCCUACGGUCACCAUCAGAACCAGGGGUCCCAUCGUCCAGACUCCCACUUUGGGGCCGAUCCAGCCCACCAGGGUAGCAGAAGGCGCCGGCACGGCCUCCGUGCCCAUUCGCCCCACGAUGCCUGGGUACGUGGAGCCCACGGCGGGGAUGACGCCCACCCCAACCACCACCAAGAAACCCAGGGUCUCCACUUUGAAGCCAGCCACGCCGUCCACGACGGAUUCCUCCACAGCGACGACGCGCAGGCCGACUCGAAGACCCAAAACGCCCCGUCCCACCAAGCCUCCCAGCACGACCAGAUCCUCCAUCUCCAAACUGACCACGGCCUCCCCGCCAACCCGCGUCCGUACCACGGCCAGCGGGAUCCCCCGGCCCUGGGAGCCAAACGAGCCUCCCAAGCUGACGAACCACAUCGACAGGGUCGACGCUUGGGAGGGCACCUACUUCGAGGUCAAAAUCCCGUCGGAUACCUUCUACGACAAGGAAGACACCACCACGGACAAGCUGCAGCUCACGCUGAAGCUGAAGGAGCAGCAGAUGAUCGAGGAGAACUCGUGGGUGCAGUUCAACAGCACCAGCCAGCUGAUGUACGGCAUGCCGGACCACAACCACAUCGGGAAGCACGAGUACUUCAUGUACGCCACGGACAAAGGCGGGCUGUUCGCCGUGGACGCUUUCGAGAUCCACGUCCACAAACGCCCGCACGGGGACAAGUCGCCGGUGAAGUUCAAGGCCAGGCUGGAAGGGGACCACAACGCGGUGGUGAACGACAUCAAUAAGAAGAUCAUGCUGGUGAAGAAGCUGGCGCUGGCCUUCGGCGACAGGAACAGCAGCACCAUCACGGUGCAGGACAUCGCCAAAGGCUCCAUCGUGGUGGAGUGGACGAACAACACGCUGCCCCUGGAGCCCUGUCCCCGGGAGCAGAUCCGGACUUUGAGCAGAAAAAUCGCGGACGACUCUGGCGGGCCCAGCCCGGCUUUGUCCAACGUCUUGCAGCCCGAAUUCAAGCCUCUGAACGUGUCGGUGGUCGGCUCCGGCAGCUGCAGGCACAUCCAGUUCAUCCCCGUGACGAAGGACGGGCGGGUGAUCUCGGAGGCGACGCCGACGGUGGCGGCGGGCAAAGACCCCGAGAAAAGCAGCGAGGACGACGUGUACCUGCACACCGUCAUCCCCGCCGUGGUGGUGGCCGCCAUCCUCCUGGUGGCCGGCAUCAUCGCCAUGAUCUGUUACCGCAAGAAGAGGAAAGGGAAGCUGACCAUCGAAGACCAGGCCACCUUCAUCAAGAAAGGCGUCCCCAUCAUCUUCGCCGACGAGCUGGACGACUCCAAACCUCCGCCGUCCUCCAGCAUGCCCCUCAUCCUCCAGGAGGAGAAAGCCCCUCUGCCCCCUCCGGAGUACCCAAACCAGAGCAUGCCGGAGACCACGCCGCUCAACCAGGACACCAUCGGGGAGUACACGCCGCUGCGGGACGAGGACCCCAACGCGCCGCCCUACCAACCACCGCCCCCCUUCACCGCACCCAUGGAGGGGAAAGGCUCCCGCCCGAAGAACAUG